AUGGCCACUUUGGUGUGGCUCGGUUGUUCCACCCCAAACAGUACUGCCGCGGUAGAGGUUCUACACUCCCUUGCUCUACUUGCUCGGCAGCACAACGCCUUCGCAGGCAUGGAGAGAAAUGAUUUCGGGCCCUUCGUAUUCGAAAAGCAGCCAAGCGGAGCAAGUGUUUUCAUCCGUGAUGAAGACAUGCUCAUGGCAGAACUGGACAGUGACCGUAAAUGUUCUACUGCCUGUCUGUCCCGAAAGCCAGGGAAAAGCGAUGAGACUAUAUUCCAGUUCAAGAACUUCGAACUCUGGUGCGAGAUUGAUGGCAUGUUCUCGAAUUCUUACUUUCAGCGCACCUGGAUCGAACGAGAGGUUGCCAAGGCACCGCAUGUAAAAAUCUGUCGUGGUCCUCACAUCAUCUCCUGGUCACUUUUUACUUCAGCAUUCGUAGGCCGCAGUCUACUACUUUUUCACCCGCAGCACCCAGGACUGCGCUUUACAGGAUCACUCCAAACUGUUAUGGACGCACGGCAGAGAUGGAGAACACCAGAACAUGGCACGACCCUCGCAGGUGCCUUGGUAGCUCUGACAUACUCUAAGGAGACACGCAAACAUGAUCAUAUCUAUGCAGCGUACGCCAUGAGUAAAUACACAAUCGAGUGGCUCGAGACAUCAGGCCAUAAUCUUGAUAUUGAGGAACUGAUGUUGAGGACUAGUUGCGCUUGUAUCCAAGAGACAGACGAUCUGUACCAUUUGGGGCAAUGGUGUCACCAGUCGGAAGGCGAUGAACCUUCCCACAUGGGCGCCUGA